GCUCUCUAAAAGAGGUGGCCAUACACGCUCGCACGCGUCGCUCGUUCCAGCACGAAGGAAGGAAAAUCCGCUUCCUUCGACAUUCGCGUGAACGCGAGUCACGCGCGAACAGCUUGGAACAGCGGGGAAAAAUCUGUGCACGUCGAUAGCGCGAUCCUUGAAGGAACCGAGAUGAUUGAAAGUGUGAACGUUUCGAGAAAGAUUGAUUGAGUACCCGAUAAAAGCUCUAGGUGUUAAUAUUCGGUCGGAUAUCCAGUGCGCGAAAGGAGGAACAGAAGGAGAAAAGUAAUCCGAGGUUUUCAGGAGCAAUAACGUGAACUGAUUAAAGAUUGAACUAGAGGAGAUAGAUAUGGACUCUGAUUUAAUUUUGUGUUGCAUGGACUGAUAAGCUUUUAUCAAGAUUGAUGAAUAGGAAUCUAAGAGAUUAAACGCUCGCGGAUUUGACUCGAAGAUAGAAUAAGUGAACGUUAAUCGGAAAUUUUGAAUGAAAUUCAAGCAGAUUUAAUCAAACGAUAGACUCGAGAUGGAUGAUAGAUUAAUCCGAAAGUAAAAAGGAGGAACACACGCAGGCGAGUUAAUGAAUAACAAAAAAAAAAGCACGAGAAACAUUUAUUCGGAGUUGCAUUAACGUCACAAAUAAAGUACGUUUUAUUGUGAAGCACCGGAAGUCUCGCGGAGCAGCAAAUAACAUCGUCGAGUAAUCAAGGCAGCGGUUGAAUAAAUUGGAUCAUACUGGAUAUUACAAGAACCGACGAGAGAGAAAGAGAAAGAGAAGGAAAAAGAAUGCUCGAGGAAGCUUGCCAUUAAACUAUGACAAAGAAAAAGUUUUCUACCCGCGAAGAAGAAAGGGGACGAUAAAUUUGCAAGAGACAUUGUACAUUAACUUCCAUUUCAGAAACAGUGCGUGGAAAUUUAAAAAACGCCAACGCAUUUGUGAUGAAUUAUUUGGAAUUCCAUCUGGAAAAUCGAGGAAAAUGAUCGGCGCGGAAAUUGUUCCCGCCAAAAUAAAUGCAUUGAAAAUUUUUAGGUUCGUGCGCGCGACCUUCCCCGCGAAAUGAAACCCGAGGAAAGUUAUUUCGCACAGUCGACUUGAAAUGCGUUUUCUUUUCGUGUGCAACUGCACGAAAAAUAAGCGAGUUUUCGCCGUUGCAAACAAUAAGUAUUUUCGCGUGAAAGUGACAAGAUGAUGACAGUCUUUGAGAAAAAAAGAUCUGUGUGAUUUUCGUGGGUGAGACAAAGGGUUUGUCUGUGAAACGGAAGUCCAUCGCAAAGAAUGCUAAUUAACCCAAUUCCUCUCUUGGAGGACUUGCGUUACAAAACCGCAUACAUUUUAAUUCAUUGUAUUAUCGGUCUGUGUUUCCUUAAUUAAAGUGUUAUAUUGUUUUAUGCAUCAAUCAUGAAAGAGAUGAGUGAAAUCGAAAACUUAAAUUAAUUGCAUACUUUAAUGAGAAAAAAGAGACUUUUCCCAUGCAAGAAAUUGACGAAACUAUUGUGAAAUGUACCGUGCAAAUUAAUGAGCUUUGUAAUUUUACAAAGUGCUCGUCGUGUCUAACGCAGCAGUUGCAGUCUGUCAUUAUCGACCUCUUCCUCGUGUAAAAUGAGAAAUUUGCUGACGAGCGGCAAAGGACACUUCAUUCGAAUCACAUCUUGGGUGGUCCUCAAUCAAGCUUCUGUCAUCAUCUGUACAUCUUUUUCGUGAUCGAUAUAUUAUAUUUCCCGACGAUUCGAGACUUUAGAUCGUAGACGGGUGAUUAUAGUAAUCAAUGGGCGCGAGAAACUCAUAAAAAAGUAUUAUUCGAAGAAACACGAAUUGAAAGAACUCCGCGCUUGUCGUUAGCUUCGUUCGAGGGUGAAAACAAGGGACUCGAAGUGCAUUCGUGAAAGUAUUCGUCAGAGAUGGUCAGCCAACACGCGAUGGCCACCACCGUCCGCAAAGUUAAGCAGGAGAAUCGUCUUAGGCGGCAGAAUCAGAGUCAAGAUGAAGAGGGACCUUACAAGCCAGUGCCACCGCCGAAGCCGGUGUCGAACAAUCAGAAGAACAAUCAGGACGGUCAGCAGGACGAACAACGGGAACAGACGGUAGUCGAGCGUUCGUCGUUGCGAACGACUUCCGGUCCGGAAAGGACCAGCGUCGUGGAGAACGGGCAGGUUCGAAGCGCGGCCGGGCAGCCCUUCGCGCCGGAAUACAGAAUGCCACCUUUGUACGGGGAGGAGCAGAGUUCGGGUCAGACUCAACAGGCGGCCAGUUUGCAGACUCACAGUAGCAAGUUUCCGAUAGAACGUGAAUUGGUUUUGUCAUCGGGAGACAAAAAUUCCAAGAUCCCUAUUCUUCACGAAUACAAACAGAGGACCGCUGGAAGAGUCGCCAUCGCGCCGGAUGCGCCGAUUAAGCAACAGGCUUGGGUUCAAGAGGGAACUCAAAUGCAGGAAGUGAGACAGGACGGUCAAGCGAGAAGCCAUCAAUCGUCGGACACCUACUCGUCAACAUCAGGAGCGGUUCCAAGGACGACGAAGAUUGACGAGGAGAAGACAAAGUCGUUGUCCAGGACCUAUCACACCAUUAAGGACAUGAUCUCGAGCCGUUUCGGACCGAGUCGUAAGGACGUCGAGCCGGAACCGGAAGCCAGUCUCAAUAACGUCACGGAAGAGCUGCGAAAGUCGAGCAGGAGCAUCGACGAGGACGAGGCCAGGAAGAAGGAGGGAAUCUACGGGAAGCCUCGCGCGCAGGAAUCGUCGGUUAACGUGCAGCAAUAUUCGAAAAAUGCUUACGGCCAGUACGGUCACUCGUACGUCUAUCAAAGCAACCAGCAAAAUGUACCUUUGCCAGGCCAACUACAACCGUCCACGACCAUUCAACCGAAUUUACCGGGACAGAGUGCUCAACUCCAUGUGACCCACCACACUCCACCAGGAGGAGUUCAAACGGUUCAUCAAACCCAAGUUUCUGCUUUCGGCCAAACCGCGACAGGUGCGCAGCAGGUGCAAAACGUUACGAGAGAAUACGUAGUUCAGGCAUCGGGCGGUAUGACUGGCCAGCAAAUGCAUCAGGGAGUCCAUCAGAAUCCCUCGCAAGGACAGGGGCAAGGCACGCAAAAACCGCAUGGUCUGUCGGUGCAGCAACAUCAAGUAGGUAACGCGAUGCCGCCGACAAGCCAGAGCUUCCAAAGUCCCCAACAGUUGCUCCAUCAAAAUCAAAAUCAUCAUCAGAGUCCGCGAUUCGCGCAGCAGCAUGCUCAGAACUUGCAUCAGCGUCAACUGAUCCAGCAGAUGCAUCAGCAACAAAUGGCCGGGCAGGCGAAUUCGCAAACAGCGGGUGCGCGAAAUGUGCAGCAGUCGUACUUUGCUAAUAGCGUCUCCUAUCAACAAUACCAGCAGGCCAGGCAGGCCAUGUCCAGAUCGCAAAUCGAUCUUCCGAGCACGUCCAGACAGACGCAAGAACUUCGUGUGUCGGGUCAGGAGAUGUAUUAUCAUUAUGCUCAGGGUAGACCUCGAUACGGCGUUCCCCAGGUUUACAUGAAGACCGAGAGCAUUCAGGAGACAGAGUUUCAGAGGCGAAACUCCGCUAAGGGUAUCGAGAAGGCGGCUUCGCAACCACAACUCUGCUAUGAGGACGAGCGAAACGUUGAAGCCGUCAAAAAUCCCGCGGAGAACAUGAAGAACCUCACGGUGGACCCGUUAGACAAGGAGAGGUAUGAGAUCACAGUGGAAGAUCGAAAUCAAGGUGAAACACCUGGAAGAAACAGCUCGCAAAGGAACGAGGAGUAUCGUCCGGAGACCAGUUUUGGUAUCCGACGAGAUGAAACGCGGGCCUCGAAAAAGGAACAAGAGCAAGGAUCGUCGAGUCAAGAGGGAAGUCAAAACGCGGAGGGCAAUUCCGUGCAAAAGAGGAUCGAGGAGUUGCAGAAAAGAGCGGAGCAAGAGAGUCACUUUAAUUCUAAACCCGCCAGCGAUGCAGAUGGUUUGAGGGUUGGCUUCGCCACGAAAAUGAUCGGCGAAGCGUCGAAGAGGCUCGAGGGCGGGCAAUACUCUGGAAAAGAGACCGCAAUGAAAUCGGAUAUCAGGAAAGACGACCUGGAGCAGGGUAUUGGUCGAUUGAAGAUCCAGAAUCAAGGCUCGGGCUCGGAUUACGACAAGGCCGGUCAGAGUUCCUCGAAUGUCGAUUCCGGAAGAGGCUCGGCAAUUUAUUCAAGUGGAAGACGCCCGCCACCCGAUGAUCAGACUUUGGCACAAGUACAAGAUUCUGAGUGGGUCGACAUAGUGGAGUCAGAGUUGAGGAGUAUUUUAGAGCCCAGGGACGUUCCAGCGAUGGCGCACUCUACCUUGUCCGAAAGUGUAUCCUCAGUGACACCACCUCUACCGCCGUUGUCACCCCAUGACAGCCCACGUACGCCGAGAAAUCGAUACUCAACGAGUUUACCGUAUGGAUCGAAACCAAAUUACAGCGAUUACAGCAAAGCUAUGGAGAAGAGAGGUUUCUCAAGUAGCACAAAACAUCGUGGCGCCUCGACAUCCAAGAAGGAAACUGCGAAAAAGUUUUCUCAUCUUUUUGGAAUAGAAGCCGCUGAUUUAACAUCCACAACGACCGGACUUGAUUUGGAUUCCAUGUUGGAUAGGAGCGAUUCUGAUCUCAGUACGACCGACGCAAGGACGAUUAGGAAGCAAUUGGAAGGAUUAGAAAAUAUGUACAGCGAAGUACUUAAAUUACUCGGCGGAAGCGUGAAAAAGAGACGAAAGGCGAGAGGACUUACUAGUUAUGGUUCCGUUUCAUCGUUGCCAACAUCGUCCGUGUCAUCCAGACCUGUCACGAGGCAUCAUGAUAAACGUAGAUCUCACGUGAUAGAUGAUAGAAUGAAGAAGGCCAAAGACAUCAAGAGCAUCAAUAAGCGUUUCCAGCGAUUGGAGUCGCACGUGGUGACAUUGGCAAGAUCCGUGGCACACCUAAGUUCAGAGAUGAGGACUCAGCAUUUGAUGAUACAGGCUUUCGCAGGAAAUGGAGAGCAUAAAGUGCGAGAUUGCGACCCUCAGAACGCAAACGAGCAUGGCGAUGGUCAGGUCACAGUCGCAACCCCUGAUCAAGGAUUCAGAACUGCCGGCGCUCUCCAAUCCUUCGAGGGUGAAGAAGCUGACCAAGUUCUUCGGCACGGAGCCACCUCUCAUCAGAUUAUUUCUGAGGGAACUUGGGUAUGAGAAAUACGCGGCUGCUUUCGAGAAAGAAAAAGUCGGAAUGGUGGAGCUGCCUUAUUUAAGCGAAGAGAGGUUACAGAAGAUGGGAGUUCCGCUGGGUCCGAGGCUAAGGAUUCUUCAGGAAGCGAGGAUUUCGGUGUGCAAAGACCCGAUUUACGUAGUAUAAAUUUUUCGGAGAGAGCAAACGUUUCACGGCACAAAGAGAGGAAAUUAAAAAAAAGGUCUGAAUCUAAAGAAAAAUUUCCAUUAUUGAUUGACGUGUCAAGAUACCCUUUGAAAGAUAUUCUCGAGCUCGAAACCGCUAAGUCCGUUUGAAUGACAACUCUUUUUUUCGUUUGUCACAAUCUACGCUCGCUGAAACAUUAUUUCACAAUGUGUUUGACGGACAGAUUCGUUUUGUCGCAAGUUCACCAUUGUAGAUUAAUGCCAGAAGAAAGAUAUUAAUUCGCCUGUUUAAACAGUUUGUAAAAUAGCAGCUCGAUCAAUAGAAAGACGCUUCUGACGUAUGUUAAAUUUUUUAGGA